CACAUUAUGCGCACGUAGAGAGCGACGCGGGGGAUUGAAAAUCGUAAACAGCCACCUAUUUGUUUGUUCUGUGAAACAAAUGUCGCUGUUUUCAGGAUAAGUAAUUUAGCUACGAGUUUGGCAAUAUGUUGAAAUGGGUACCCAAGACAACAUUAAAGUCUCUAAUGAAGAAGAAAGCCCACAUUCGUGUAGGCAUAGCCGCAGAUGCAAUGGUCGAGCUGAACGUGCUGCUGUUUCUGCAUAGCCUCGCAGAAGAGGCGAGGACCAAAGCGUUUGAGGAGAAAUCUGCGACUAUCAAAGCACACCACGUCAAAGCAGUAUCCAAGAAACUGCUGAAACAAGCCAGAGGGUGAAGUGGAGAGACCUUUCUACAACAUGAUUCAACAACCGAUUUACAAUACUUUUUUAAAGUCACAUUUGUCUGAAUUAUAAAUUGAACCUGUAUUUUGUUUUAUUUGCUUUAGUUUGAAUCUUUAGUCUUUACUUUUCUUCAGUCGCUAGUCUUUAUCUGUUUGCAUUUCAUAUCUGUUUUGUCUGUCAUUUAGCAUUUGCACAAUGCAGAGUAUUUUGGAACACUUUUAUAUGCUGUCCAAUUAAAUGUUGUGUUCUGUAAAUCUAUCUUUGUUGUAGUCCUAGUUGCCCCUGCCAUGUUCCAUCAAGCUGACCAGAGUUUGUUUCCUGUCAUACUAUUCUAGUUCCCUGUCAGAGAAAUGUGCCUCUUUGUCUUUUGAGAGGAGUGAUAUUCACCCAGUGCCUUUAUCAUUUUCUCUGUUAUAAAGAUGUAGCAUUAACUAAAUGCUAGAGAGCCCUCCAAAUUCAAAUCUGAACCUCAAAGCUAGUUCCCCUCUAAUCAGGGACUGGUUUAGACCUGGGACACCAGGUGGGUGCAAUUAAUUAUCAGGCACAAGAGCCAGCAGUACUCUGGACCUCAUGGUAAGAUUUGAAUACCCCUGGCCUAGAGCCUUGUCCUAUCUCAGGCCUCCAUCUUCUUUCCCCAACAGUUUGUCACGGUGGUCAGAGCUUCAGGCUGAAUGCUUCACAGACUGUUCACUAAGCAUUGGCCUGCCCCCAAGACUUCUUCCAAAUUCCUCACCUCUUCACGCUACAUACAUUAUCCGCGUGUCGAGAUGUUAUCUCACUCAUCUUUUAUCAUAGGGUUUUCGGAAGCCAUGGCACUUGACAUGUGUGUUAUGUGUUCACUUUCCUAUCAAAUUGCUCAAGAAGACACUUAUCUGGUAGUAAUCUUAUAGAGCCGUUUAGGUGGUCUGCUGUAGGGAUGUUAAGUUUCUUCAUUGUGAUAAUCAGGUUUAUUAUGAUGAGAAUAACAUUGAGGACAAAAUGUAUUGUAAUUGUACUAAUGGACAGAUGCAUCAAGUUUCUGUUUUUAAUGAUAUGCCUCAUGCAUUAUCAUAUUUUGGUGGUUGACAUGUAAAACCAACAACCUAAGCCAGUGCAGAAAACCAACAAUCUAAGCCCCCCCCCCCAGAGAUGAAAGAGGAUGCGAGACAUCCCACUCCCUGAUUUGUUCUGGUUCAUAUAGUCAAUGAACUAAGUAGACCAGACCCAGCUGCUAUCAUGUUGGUGUCUUUGGGAGAGCCACCCCUUAAGUAGACUGGAACUAACAAUUGUUUUCAAUGGUAAACUGCCUGUGUAAGACAUCUUCAUUUAUCCAGGACCUUUGUUCCCCCCCACAGCUGGGUUGAUUUGCCUCCCUCUCUACCGAUUGUUUUCCUCUGAAUCUGAUCUGGCGUUCCAGUGAUGUAGGGGGGUUUCUGGGUGUGGAAACCCACCCCUCUGACCCUGACCGUCCUAUUGUCUGCCUGUGACUGUUCCCCCCCCCCCCCCCCCCGGGCUACCUAGCAUUACUGUCACUGACCCACAGAUUCACAUGGCUCCCCUUACUGUCAUCAGCUCCUACACACUGCUCCAGCAAGACACUUACAGCAGAGCAGCUCAUGUUCAGGGUCCAGAUGGAGAUGUAGGGCAAAAAAACAACAAAAGUGAUGUUCAGUGGGAACCGGCAAGGCAAAAACAUAUUUAUACAGCUAGAAGAGGGAGCUUUGUUCUGUUUUAUCUUAAUAUCAGUGUUGUCUUGUCCUUGAGGGAAUAACACGUGAACAUUUCUGUAAUUUCACUGGGGAAAUAAAGUACUAAUUUUCUUUAAUGUAAAAGUGUGUGUAUAGGAGAACCUGUUUUCAAUUUGGUCUUAGACUCAUCCAGCUCCAGUCUGGCAGCGUCUUUGGCUUUUGUCUCAACAGAUAAAUCCGCUGCAACGUCAACUGAAUGCUCCCGCUGAUACCAGUUUUGACACUUUUCCAGAAACCAGAAGUAGAACUGAGAUGUUAUUAAUCUCCCCCUCCCUUGCUGAAAAGCACAUGCAAAAAAAGCAUGAUGGUGUCCAUCUAGCUACCAACAGACAAUAAAUACAUUGUGUUGUUCAGACAAUAAGCUCUAGGUGAAGUAAACAGGAUAUUAGCUGAUAGUCCUAAAAAAAUAAAGAGUUUCUGUGAGAGAGAACACUUCUUCUAUGUAAAAGACACAAAGGCAAGUCUGUCGGGUGGUUUUGGCAUCGGUUUGUGGUUCCCAGGCCAUAAUGUAAACUGGGAUCCCAAACAAUUAUCCCUUUGGAAGUGUGUGUGGCUUUUGCCACUUUUCUGUUCGCUAUGGGUAACAGGCAAUGGUUGAUGCUUUCUGACACCUUCCUGUCCUGUCUGUUCCUCAGCUUCGUUUUGUUUUCUUGUCGGACGUUAGCAAGUCGCUCUGUAUUUGAGAGUUUGGUUUUAGUUUUCUGGUAACGUUCACUUCUGAGUUAAUCUGAAACACACAGUCUCUGCAUAGUUUUGGGGCAUAAACGUCAGGGAAAAGUCAAGCUUUCAGUCAGCAAUGUAUCGUCGGAAAUGUAGAUACAAGGGGAAUCCGGCUUCUUUUUGAAGUUGAUAUUUUUUCACUCAAUCCAAGCUGCCAGGGUGACAUUGACAGAGUGCCUGGUGUAGAAUCUGUGAGGUGACUCACAAGUGCACUUAUGCUCCUCUGUUUUAAAUGAAACCAAAUGCACUGACAUAUUUCUUACACAUAGUCACCCAGUCAUCCUCUUUUCAUUAGGAUGGGGGAAGACAUGUGGCUGUGGAAUGAUGAAGGUAUCUAUGCAGAUGAGGAGAAUCCCAAGUAGGUGAAGCAGACUCACAACAGGACAAUAAAAGUUAAUAGGUCUACUUGAAUGUGCUUACUUUAAUAUGACAAUUUUUGCAUUGAGAGCAGGUGUAUGUGUGUGAGAAAAUGAGUGUGAGUGAGACCGAGAGAGGGGGAGAAAGCAAACUCACUCCUAACCCAAAACCUUGCAUUAGGUUUGAGGUGCGACUAUCAUGAUGUUCUGAGAUGUUUUCAUUCCUUAUGGAUUCUGACGGCAUGGGUGAUUUCAUGGAAUUUUUCUUGGACUUUUCUUCUGGAAAACAGAUUUGUUCUCUAGCGUGCAUACUGGGGUUGGGACCAUUGUGGAUGAUGUUCUUUUAACACAAUUCUGGCAAAAAAAUAUUUUUCAGGUAUUUUAUUUACAUCAAAAGAUGACUUAGCUGUUGGACAAAGAACCUUAAUUCCAAAGAGGGUAAAAAUGCUAAUUUGGGUACCAUUUCUGAUUUGGAUUCUGCACUUCAUGGAUCUUAUUAACGGACAAUAUUUCUCAAGACAUCCACGACACAGACGUAAGUAGCCAACCGACACAUUUUGAUGCGAACUGAUUGAAAUGCGGACACCUGUUCUGCGUAUUUAUACGCACAUUCAACUCCUCUUCAUACAUGCGUAAAAGCAUGGGCAUUACUAUGUGGGUGCAGUACAUUUUACUUUCAGGCAACAAUGCGGUCAUAUAUUUUCAUGGUUUAUACGCGUUGGCUUACUAUGUGAACCAUACAAUAUAUUGUAAAGUUUGGCUGAGGGUUUGAUAAACCUGGGCUGGCUCCUGUUUCURUUCUUCGAACAUUAAUGUGCCAGGUAUAGUAAGUCACUACUCAGGUGUAUGAGAUUAUGCUCUGUACUCAACAUAUACAGCCAAUGAUUUGUGAUAAUGUAGUUCUUCCAAAAAAGACUGAAGUUGUAUGGGAUUCAAGUUUGACCAAAUUUCACAUGCACAUGCUCAAGACAUGUAACUGCAUCCUGUCUUAUGCAGGAACACAUACACACACAUGUGUGAUUGAGAGAACGAGAGAGACAGACACACACAGCCAUAACACCAGCUCUUCUCUCCAGGUAGCUCAGUGGUGAGCAGGUUGUGUCAUGCUGGCUGCCUGACAUGCUCAGCGUUAAACGGCUGCCUGUCCUGUAAGCCCCGCCUCUUCUUCCACUUGGAGCAUGAUGGGAUGCGGGAGAGGGGGACAUGUCUGCUAUCCUGCCCCAGAGGUCACUAUGGGACACGCUCCCCACAUGUCAACACCUGCACCAAGUGCAGGGAGGACUGUGUUUCCUGCUUCAACAGGAACUUCUGCACUCACUGUCACCAGGGCCACUACCUGUACAGAGGGAGGUGUGAGGACAGCUGCCCCGAGGGCCUGACCCCAAACACUGCACUAAGAGAGUGCAAUGAUUGUCCAGUGGGCUGUGAGGUGUGUGUGACGAGGAACACCUGCACCAGGUGUAGAGCAGGACUGUACCUUCUGCAUGGCCAGUGCCAUCAUACCUGCCCAGGGUGGUUUGAGCCUGAUAAACAGCUCAUGGAGUGCAUUUCUCAAGUACACUGUAAGGUGGGAGAAUGGGGAGACUGGGGCCUCUGCUUUCGGAGAGGGAGGACCCGGGGCUACAGGAAUUUUGAGGAGGUACGAAGACGAGAGGUCCUACGGCACCCCACCMUGUAUGGCGACCCCUGCCCUAAAGUCAAAGAGUGGAGGAAAUGUGUCAUCAAAAGGAGACCGAGUCCAGGAAGAUCAGAUGGCAAAGGCAUUAGGCCAACAGAACAUUGAUGCAAGAUCAUUGGUGGGAGCAAAAUAAUAGCAAGUGGCAGAUGUGAUCCAAAACAGGAUGGAAGGACAGAAGGAGGACUGGAUUAACUGAGUUGAAAGAGAGACCUCCAUUGCCUGGACCUCAGUCGUUUCUGUAGUCAGGAACAGUGUGCAACAAUUUAUUCCUCUAUGUUUGUGACCAGCUGUUGACCUGCCUUGGUUGAGAGACCUUGGAGAAGAUAACAUUAUCAUCUGCUCUAGAAUUUUGGGUUCAACAUUUUUUUGUUCAUCACAACAUGUCACCCACAUGAUCCAUUCCAGGAAAAGGUCACUAAAUUGAUAUGGACUGAAUUGAGCAGUGUUCAAAAAGCAAAAUGUGUUAUUUUGUUUCUAUCAUGAUGGUGGCUAGCCCACUUGUUCUACACGUGUAGCAUUUCUCUGUAUAGCAAGUCAAAUUGAAACUAUUGCUGCCUUUUCAUGAUUGAAAUCAUUGUUAUAGGCCUACAAAAAAAUGUUUGUGUAGGA